AUGGAUUUAAGGAACUUAUCAGCCACUCCUAAUCAAUUAGAUCCUGUAAUGCAUCGUCGUCCCUCAUUAUCUUCAUUAUCUUCCACUUCAGGUUAUGCAUCUUCUUCUUAUGGAGGAGGUGGUGGCGGUGGUGGAGGAACCACUCCAGGUCAUAACAGCGGUAAUGGUGGAGCCAAUAGUGGAAGUAAUAGCAAUAAUAACCCAGGCAGUAAUGGAAAUACUACUCCUCAAUUAUCAAUGCAAAGAUUAUCUAUUGGGUCAAGAAAUAAUCUUAAUUUACAAAAUUCUUGGUUACAAACUCAAUCUAAUCCUACCAAUGUAGCACCAUGGGUUGAACAACAACAACAGCAACAACAAUUAGAUACUUCAAAAUCAUCCAACAAUAAUAAUAACACUACAUCUACUCAUGCUACCAGUGGAAAUUCAACUAAUUUAUCAUCAGGUAAUAAUUCUAAUUCAGGAUUACAAUCAACUCCAAACAUCACUAUUAAAAGAGGAACUGAAGAUGGAGAUAUUGAUGCCGAUGAUGAAGAUGAUGAUGACGUUAUUCCAACAGCUAUUGUAAUUAAAAAUAUCCCUUUUGCCAUCAAAAAGGAACAAUUAUUAGAUGUUAUGACUAAAUUAAAUUUACCAAUUCCUUAUGCAUUUAAUUAUCAUUUUGAUAAUGGCGUAUUCCGUGGUUUAGCAUUUGCAAAUUUUACUUCAACUGAUGAAACCUCCUUAGUUGUAAAUCAAUUAAAUGGUAGAGAAAUUGGUGGUAGAAAAUUAAGAGUUGAAUAUAAGAAAAUGUUACCGGUACAAGAACGUGAAAGAAUUGAAAGAGAAAAAAGAGAAAAGAGAGGUCAAUUAGAAGAACAACAUCGUUCAACUUCAAAUGCUUCUUUAGCUUCAUUAAUCUCAGCUGCUUCAACUACAGCUGCUACUAAGAAUUUAAGUAGUAUUAAUGGUGGUGGAAUUGGUGGUGGUAGUGGAGGAGGUGGUAAUGGUAUAUUAUCAAAUUCAAAUACUACAGAACGCUUAUUUAUAAAUUUACCAUCUAAUACCGGUAAUUUCUUACCUACUCCGCCAUUGGAAUUAAACUUUAAUGAUCCUGAAACUUUGGAUAUUUAUACUCAAUUGAUUUUAUAUCGUGAUGAUAUUGUAAAAUCAGUAUUUGAAUUAGCUAUAUCACCAUCAAGUUUAAAUCUUCAACAACGGAAGAUUUUAUCCAUUUUAUGUAAUUUCUUAAGUUUAUUAGAAUUAUUUGAUAAUGGUAUUAUUAUAAUUAGAAGAAAACCAGGUUAUAUUCCUCCUCAAUCAAAUCUUUUCACAUCUCCUCAACAACAACAACAAUUACAUACUGGUCCAUCUCAUUCAUCUUCCAUGAUGAAUUUAAAUCAAUUGGGUCAAUUAAGUGGUGGUGUAUUAGGGUUAGGUAAUUCAAUCCCAGGUCUUGGUAAUAAUAACAAUAACAAUAAUAAUAAUGGUCAAAUUCCAAUGCAUCCUGAAUUAUUAAGAUCUCAAUCUCAAUCUGCUAUACCAUUACCAAGAUUAAGACAACAAAAUUCUACUCCAAUUCAACAACAUUUCCCUCAAUAUCAAAACCAACCAUCCGGCGGCCAAAACCAGAAUCAAAACCAAAGCCAACAACAACAACAACAGCAGCAGCAACAGCAAUCAAAUCAACCAACUAGAAGUUAUUCCCAAUUUGGAUUAUACCAACAAACUACUGGAGGAGGUAAUCCAUCAGGAAGUACUGGUGGAUUAUCUGGUGGUAAUCCAAUUGCACCACCGGUCGUUACACCAACUAUGAUCUCAUCUAGUGCUGCUGCUUUAUUAAGAUCUUCCAAUAAUAGAUCAUAUGUUGAUGUUAGAGCUACACCACCAUUAAGUGCCAAUAAUCUUUAUUCCAAUCAACCACAACAACAACAAUCGACUCAAUUAGGAUCAUCUGCUUCCGUUACAAAUUCACCAACUCCACAACACCACCAUCAACAACAUCAUCACCAACAACAACAACAGCAUCUUAAUCAACCUAUCACCUUACCAUCUCAACAAUUACCACCAUCACAACCAGGUACACCAUCUGCAUCUAAUGAUAUUAAUUCCCGAUUCCAACCAUUUGGCCAACAUAGUCAAUUAGCUGGUAGUUUUACAUCAUUACAACAAACCAAUUCUACUGGUGGUGGAUUAGAUGAUUUCAGUGAUCCAAUGAUUAGUGGUAAAUUUAGUGGAUUAAAAUUAGGACCAACUAGUUCUACUGGAGGGAAUAAUAAUGGAGGUGGUAAUAAUGGUGGAAAUGGAAAUGGUCCAUUUGAUGGUAGUUCAGGAAUUUGGGGCCCUAAAUGA